AUGAUCGCCCAGUACGUGGAAAUUGGGCAGAACACCUGGGAUAUGUUGCUACUAGAACUCUCACUCGCGAUCAACACAAGUGUCUCGGAAUCGACCGGGUAUAGCCCAGCCUUUCUCCUACAAGCUAGAGAACCACAGCUACCCGGAUCCUGGUACGACAGCGUAACUCCCGGAACAGUAACGACGUCCUCGAGCCCAUCAGAGAGAGAGGAACGCCUGAAGGAGAUCUUCCAGAUCGUGCGGAACAAUCUCCAAAAAGCCAGCCGAGAACAGGGGAGACAUUAUAACCUGCGUCGUCGAACCUGGAAGCCCGAAAUGGGAUCACUGGUCCUCGUGCGACAACAUCAUCUGUCUAAAGCAGCAGAAGUGUUCGCAGCAAAGCUCGCCCCAAAGUUUGACGGACCGUAUAAAGUGGUCGCUUUCCCGUCACCCAACGUCGUCCGAAUCCGCCUACCUGGCCAGCGGAAGGGGCGACUUGCUAAUAUUGGAGACUUAAAAGCGUUCUUUUCUUCUUCCACAGGUAACCCCGAGGAUGAAGACAGCGAAACUCCCAGAGAGGACACCGGCGACCAAUCCGGGCAGCCCCAGAGUCCGAACCAACCGACCGCCAUUAGCAACGAGGGGUCCCCGCUAAGUUUAAAUUUGUCAUAG